UUCAAGACUGAAAGAUCUGUCAGUCUGAAGAGCAAUGGGUUAGUAGAACAGACUCUUGGGCUUCAAUUUCUGACAUUUUUAUUUCCACAAGAGCUUUUACUUUAAAGGCUAUUAUUUUGUUACAUCUGCCUUGGAUCUGGACACAUUAGUCUGUCAUAUUUCAGAGCAGCUGCCUAGCCUUGACAGAGGAUUGUGAAGGACUGUUGUGAUAAUAGGACCUAUCUUCACUGUUUGCUUCAGACUUGUGGACGGAUAGACUGAGAAGCAUGUCAAAAGAGGUGAAGACAGAGAGCGUGUCGCUGGAUCCCCUGGGUGCAGCAGCUGCCCCAGAACAGGGGCUGCUGUGCAUUUUUGGGACGGGGGACAUGGGGCGCUCCCUGGGCCAACGUCUGCUCCAGUCUGGAUACAAGGUGGUGUACGGCAGCCGCAGACCACACAGCUGUGGCCCUCUGCCUCAGGGAGCUCAGGUGAUGAGCCAUGCAGCAGCAGCCCAGUCAGCCAGUGUGGUUUUUCUGUGUGUUCACAGAGAGCACUAUGACUUCUUAGAAGAAUUAGCUCUUCAACUCAAGGGGAAGGUGCUGGUGGACGUCAGCAACAACCUGAAGAAGAAUCUCUACCCAGAGGCCAAUGCAGAGUAUCUCCAGAGGCUGGUCCCUGGAGCAUACGUGGUUAAAGCUUUUAACACUUUGUCUGCCUGGGCUCUGCAGAACGGACCCUCGGAUGCCAACAGACAGGUGUUUCUCUGUGGAAACAAUGCAGAGGCCAAGCAGGCUGUAGCUGAGGCAGCAACCAAACUAUGCUUCUCUGUUCUGGAUAGAGGGUCUCUGUCAGCAGCCCGAGAGCUGGAGGACUUCCCCUUGCGUCUGUUCCCUGAGUGGAGGCUGCCGCUACGCAUUGCUGUUGGCCUCACUGCCUUCUUCUUCUUCUAUGUCCUCAUCAGAGAUGUCAUCUAUGCUUAUGUCGACCAAGGGAAAAACAUCUCCUUCAGAAUUAUGGUGUCACUGGCCAACAAGGUGUUCCCCAUUGUGUCCCUCAUCAUGUUGGCUCUGUGUUACCUGCCUGGAGUUAUAGCUGCUUUCCUUCAGCUCUACAGAGGGACCAAAUACAGGCGUUUCCCUGACUGGUUGGAUCGCUGGAUGUUGUGUAGGAAACAACUGGGACUCUUAGCACUGGGCUUUGCAUCACUACAUGUGCUCUACACGCUCCUCAUCCCCAUAAGAUAUUAUGUGAGAUUCAAGAUUGCUGCAAGCACCAUUUCCCAGAUAAAGGAGAACCGGACAUCAGAGUUUGAUCAAACCUUAGCCUGGAGGACUGACUCUUACUUCUCCAUGGGGAUUCUGGGAUUUUGCCUGUUUCUGCUGCUGGGAAUAACCUCUUUCCCUUCAGUCAGCAAUGCUCUCAGCUGGAGAGAGUUCAGCUUCAUACAGUCCAAGCUGGGCUACCUGACACUGUUCUUCUGCACCUUUCACACCUACCUGUAUGGCUGGGACAGGUUCCUCCGUCCGUCUACCUACAAGUGGUACACACCUCCUGGGUACAUGCUGGCUCUGGUUGUGCCGUCUUUGGUGCUGAUAUUUAAGCUUCUUCUCCUCCUACCCUGUGUGGAUCGCACGCUUAUGCGAAUCCGACAGGGCUGGGAGAGGUGUGAUGUAGAGGACAACAGCAAGAAAUCACUGCUAACGUAAGACUUUUACGGGCCUGAAACAAUUGCAUGUACAAAAGAAAUAAAAGCAGAAAUCAUGUAACUGUGAGACAUCCAAAACUGAACAUUAACACAUAUUUUUGAGGUCUGUCUAGUUGAGAAAGUCAAAAAGUCAUCACAUUAUAACUCAGGCAAGUCUUUCUUAAUGUUUUCUACAAUAGCAUCAGAGCACAUUUAAACUACUGUACCAAAUCAUAGACACAUUAAAGCAGCCAUAUCUAAUUGUGCCUUGUAAAGAACAUAGAUGUUCACAUUUUUUUAAUGUGCUGUACUCAUACUUGUCAAUAUAACAGCCUUCAGCUCUGACUUUUACAUCUUCAAGUUUCUCAUCUUUUAUCUACAGUAUCUGGCAGCUUGUGUUUAUUGGAUUUAAAGUGUAUAUUUUUAUGUAAAUUUAUAUUUUUGAUUUCUCUUUUUAAAUAAAACUCAGAACAA